UACAAAGUAGGACGGGAACCACCAUGGGCAAAAGGACAUUUUUGCUUCUGAUCCUGGGGGUCAUUGGAGCAUGGUACGUGUACAUGCCCCUCCCAGAUAACAUCGAAGAGCCCUGGGCUGUGCUGAGCAUGCAAACAUAUUUCAAAACUGUAUCUAACUUGAUGCUGUUGGCUGAGCUGUUGGGAAUCAGCCAUUACAUGACCGGUGCCAUGUUCCUCAUGAGCUUCCUGGAAACCCCACCGACUUCUGAUGAAAACGUCACUGUGGUGGACACCACUUUCCACAACGUCCCUGUCCGUGUCUAUGUACCAAAGAGGAAGACUGAGACACCCCGGAGAGGCUUAUUUUAUAUCCAUGGCGGUGGUUGGUGUUUGGGAAGUGCCAAGCUUUCUAGCUAUGACCUUCUGUCAAGACGGACCGCCCACAGACUGAAUGCUGUGAUCAUUUCCACCAACUACAGGCUAGCACCUAAAUAUCACUUUCCAGCUCAAUUUGAAGAUGUAUAUAACUCAUUAAAGUGGUUCUUACGUCAAGAUGUCCUUCAAAAAUAUGGUGUGGACCCUACAAGAGUCGGAAUCUCUGGAGACAGUGCUGGAGGGAAUUUAGCCGCUGCAGUGAGUCAGCAGCUCCUCCGGGACCAAGAUGUCAAGGUGAAAGUCAAGGUCCAGGCCCUGAUCUACCCUGCCCUCCAGGCUCUUGAUUUUGACUUGCCAUCCUACCGUGAAAACGCGCACUCCCUGGUUCUGUCCCGGUGGCUCAUGGUCAGGUUCUGGAGCGAGUAUUUCACUACAGACAGGUCCCUGGAGAGAGCCAUGUCCUCCAACCAGCAUGUUCCCCCGCAGUCCGGGCACCUGCUCAGGUUUGCUAACUGGAGCGCCCUGCUGCCCGAGAGGUUUCUGCAAGGACACGUCUAUGAGAAUCGAGCUCUCGGCAGUUCUAAGCUGGCAAACAAGUACCCAGGCUUUCUGGACGUGCGGGCAGCCCCCCUGUUGGCUGAGGACACACAGCUGCAUGGCUUGCCCCGGACCUACGUCCUCACCUGUCAGUAUGAUGUCCUGAGAGACGACGGGGUCAUGUACGUCACCCGCCUGCGGGAUGCUGGGGUGCAGGUGACCCACGACCACAUUGAGAAUGGCUUCCACGGAGUACUUACCAGUGGGCUCAAGCUUGGAUAUAGGCUAGAAGACCAGUACAUCAAUUGGCUACGUGAAAAUCUCUAGGAAGCAUCUGAGCAGUGCUUGAGAGAAACUGCAAGUCUGACAGGACAGAAGUUGGUGGGAAUCAAAGAACUGGUGUUCGAAGUGAUGUUCUGUCUGUGACCUUGCUGAGGACCCGAUGGCAACACGGCGUGUGCCCUUGGCCACGGACCACUGCCACUUGGUCCCUAACCCUCACAUUUCUUACUCAUCCUUCUGCCAUGUUUCCGCUGAUGCUGACCAUUCCUUAGGGCCCACUCACAACCCUAGUUUCAGAAUUGCCCAUGGUGUUACUGCUGAAAGAGAGUGUUUGAAAGUGCUGUGGCCUGUUUACAAUAGCCAGAAUCUGGA